AUGGACGGUCUGAAAUUUGUCCAGAUAAACCUGCAUAGAUCCAGGGCGGCCUCCGGAGCUGUAGCAAACCUAAUAACAAAGCAUAAAAUAGAUAUAGCAUUAAUACAAGAACCUUGGACGAUUAAUGAUAAGAUUAAAGGACUUGGAAUGUUAGGAAACGUCUUAAAUAGAUGCUCGGGAGACAGACCAAGAACAUGUAUAAUACAUACCAACAGAAUAAAACCAGUACUGUUACCGCAAUUCAGCGACAGAGACAUGACAACGAUGCUCCUGGAAAAGAAUAACGAAAAUUCACGAUUAUCAAAAGUAGUAGCUGUAUCGGCGUACAUGCCAUACAAUGAAAGAAAUCCGAUCUCGAAUAGAAUGGAAUUGUUAGUAGAAUGGUGCGUUAGACAAGCAGCAAGUAUAAUCAUAGGAGCAGACACGAACUCGUGUCAUGAAUUGUGGGGAAGCUCAACCACGAAUGACAGAGGACUGAAAUUAUUGGAUUUUAUAAAUAGCAACAACCUGACCUGGUUAAAUGAGGGUACAAGACCGACAUUUAGUAUGUCUAUUAGAGAGGAAAUACUGGAUGUAACGUUGACUUCGGCAGAAAUCCAACCGGCAAUGAAAGAAUGGAGAGUAUUCGAUGAUCCAUCGUUAUCGGAUCACAGAUACAUCACGUUUAUCUUGAAAAUCCGAGGAAUUCCAACAAACAAAAUUGUAAGCGAAAAGAGAUCGCUAAACAUUGACUGCUAUCUGAAAACAUUAAAAGAUAAAUUGACCGAUCCACCGAAAGUAUACGGCACCCCGCAAGAAAUUGACACUUACCUAGAACAUGUGACAAACGCAAUAACGAACGCGGCAAACGAAGCUUUGAUAUGUAAAUCAAAAGGUUUUCAUAGUAAACUUCCAUGGUGGAGUACAAGCCUGCAAAAAGUGGAUGAAAGGUGUAAAAAGCUAAGGAGAAAAGCUCGCAGAACAAACAGAACGAGAGACAAACGGAAACAGCGCAGGGCAGAAUUGAAACUAGGCAGAAUGAUUAGAGAGGCAAAAAGGAAAUCAUGGCGAGGCUUUUGCAAAGGACUGAAAAAACUACAAGAUAUAGCGAGAAUAAACAGGGUCCUCGAAAGAGUCGAUCAAAACAGUUUAGGACUGUUAACAAAAAGAGACGGCACACUGACCAAUAAUAUUAGAGAAACGCUCGAAGUUUUGAUUGCGGAACAUUUCCCGGGGGCAAUAAAUGACACAAACACUGAACAAAGGUCAAACGAGGAAACGGAAAGAAUCUAUUUGACGAGAAAUCCCAGACCAGACUGGGGACUAGCAUCAAAGUUUAUAUCGGGAGAGAAUUAA